GUGCGGACGCUGGCCAUGCUGCAGCGUCUUCAGGAGGAGCAAUUCGCCGUCGCCGCCGUGCUGGUGGAGGACAGCCAUAACCACCACCUCCUGCUGGACGCCGCCGAGUGGGCCUCGCUCCAGGGGCUGGUGGACGUCCUGCGCCCUUUCAAGCAGGUGGCCGACACGCUGGCCGCCGCCCGCUACCCCACGGUCAGCAUGGUGAAGCCACUCCUGCACGCACUGGAAAACACCACGCUGCGCGCCCAGGACACGGACGCCAAGGAGGUGGCCAUGGCCAAGGAGGUCAUCGCCCGGGAGCUGGCCGCCGCGUACCGCGACUCGCCGGAGGUGGACAUGUUCCUCAACGUGGCCACCUUCCUGGACCCCCGCUACAAGCGCCUGCCGUUCCUCUCGCCGCUGGAGC